AAGCGUCUUGGGAAAGCGAGGGAGGGAGGUGAGGAGGAGGAGGGGGGUCCUCCUCAUGAGAGAUGAGAGAAGGCUGCUGAGCGCGCGCAGCACUCUCCGCCGUGCGUCAAGCCACAAGCGUGCGAAGCACCGAUCCGUUCCGAGCCAAACCGAGCCGAGCCUGUGCCUGGGCCACCACCACCACCCCCACUUCCCCCACGCCUCCUCCACCACCAUCACCGCCACGCGCGCCGCGUUCUGUGGCGAUGGAGCCGUAGAAAACCCGCCGCACUGAUCCGCCCGAACACCGAGCUGCCAUGGAGGAGAAGCGCGCGCAGGCUGGAGUCUAGACCGCACUCAGAUCAACAGAUCCACCAGUCCGGACUACUUUCUGCGAGAUCCGCCAGCUCCACCAGCAGAAGCACUUUUAAAAUUUUUAAAUUKUAUUAUUAUUUCACGUUUUGAUCGGAACAUCGCGCAGAACCAGGAUGUGGAGACAGACGGAGGCGAGCGUGUUCCCGGGAUGCUGGAGACAAAUGCUGCUGUGGUGCGUCCUGGCUCUGCACCUCAUCCCUCUGCCCGUGCACGGAACUCUGGUUGGGAACAAUGCYACUGAGCCAGAGAGCAAAGUCAACAUCACCUCUCCGUUUAUCCAGGAGGAUGUGCCGGAACAGGUCAGCGAAGCCAUCACCAYGGUGACCGGGACGAGCAGCUCCGCCACUUCCGAGCCGAUCAGCGCCGUGACCCAGAGGGCGGGCCGGGCGCCGCGCCAAGACAGGGAGGACGAUCAGAGCAGCGGCAUGUUCGGCGAAGCGCCGGUCCCCACGGUGGAGGAGGCGAGCGUGGCGCCGCCGCCCCAGAUCAGUUCCGAUUCGGCGGAGACGGAGCACCUGUUGCCUGGCAACCCRCAYRUGCCCGACGUKGCRGAGGGCGAGGAGGAGAGGGACGAAGAGGAGGAGCGCCUGCCGCACACUGCCCCGCCCUGGAUCCACGCCAAGGACACUGCCAUGUUUGAUCUGGACCACCUGACUACGACCACUGCCUCCCCGCCCCCCGCCACCACCCACCCAUCCAGCCCGUCUAGCCCCUCCCACCCAGAUGUUCUCCACGUGGACUUCUUCGACCCCGCCUCUCGUGGGCGCACCCUCGACCUGGCCCCUCCCUCUCCGUCAUCUCUGGCCCACGAGCUGCAAGGCGGCGACGCGACUUCCUGGGCGAUGCCGGAGAACUACGACUACAUUACGCCCUAUGAGGACGGCGUGUCCCCCACGGUUGAAGAGUACACCUACAGCACCACGACCGACGCUUACGAGACCGACGAAGACCUUCGGGAAGCCGCGGGGUCUCCAGCUCGCUCCAAGCCCGGGGUCCCCGGGUCUGACUCCUUCUUCCCCGGUUUUGGCAUCCCAGUACCAAGCAUCCGUGGCGUGGCGAACCCCGCCCUCUCGUCUAACGGGUGCAGAGCGGGCUACCAGAUGGUGAAUGGAAGCUGCCGCUCCGCCUGCGACAUGCAGCCCAACUAUUGCUUCAAUGGAGGACAGUGUUACCAGCUGGGUGGAGAUGAAAUGUUCUGCAGAUGCAAYGUCCAGGAUUACAUCUGGCACAAGGGCGCUCGCUGCGAGUCGGUGGUGACCGAGUUCCAGGUGAUGUGUCUGGCCGUGGGCGCCUCGGCCCUGGUGGUCCUGCUGCUCUUCAUGAUCAUCGUCUGCUUCGCCAAGAAGCUCCACGUGCUCAAGACGGAGAACAAAAAAUUGCGCAAGCGCAGCAGUAAGUACCGGCCUUCGUCGGAGCAGCACAAUGAUAAUUUCUCGCUGUCCACCAUCGCUGAGGGCUCCCACCCAAAUGACGAUCCUCAUUCCCAGAACAAGCUGGAGGACCCGGUGAAGGCUCCGCCCAAGGAAGACGACGCCCUCAACAUCCACAACUCUCUGACCCCCAAACACGAGAACCACAAGGUCCUGGGCGAGGAGAACUCCUCGGAGGUAAACUCACUGCAGAACAACAUGAUGUGAAUCAAAAACGAGCAACCUUGACAACACGACACAGAAAGCUACGAGGUGCGCCGGCAACCGGACCCCCCCCUCCUCCCUUGUAAGCCCCACCCCCGUGGUCUGUGUUGCCGAGCGAGCCUAACCGGUCAACCAACCAGCCUGCCAACAAACCAGCCAACCAACUCAGUCUGCAACCGUCUCCGACACGGCACCACUGCCACGAGCGGCCAAAAACCGUACACCGCCGUCCCUGUUCACCCCGCCCCGGCUGAAAGUAACCCCACCCCCUACCCGCCUCACCCUACAGCUUCCUCAAAAUUCACCGCGCCCCCUGUUUUGAAGCCCCGCCCUUCUCGUUGCUGUCACUCUGCUCUGUCUUUUUCUUUUAUCACCUGAACACAUUCACACACAAACAUGACACACAUACACAUACAGUGAAAAGAUGAACACGCUUAAAUGUCAAUGCACACACGCACACACACACACACGCACACACACACACCUCCCCCUUCCCUGCCUGCAUUGGUGUAUUUUGUAAAAAGAAAGAAAUCAUACAGAAAUUUAAAACGUGCGUAAAAAGUUGUUGUAAAAGAAGAAGAAAAAAAGAUAAUGCUACUGAGAGGUUUCGAUGUUUGUCUGACUAAUCCAGUGAGUAUGUAUAAAUAUUGGGAAAAAAAAUUGUUUUGCUUGGAUUCAUUUAAAAGAAGCAACACAAUGUGUCUUGGUUUUGAUUGAUGUGGUUUCUAAUCCUUUGAUGUACUUGUUUUUUUUUUUUUUUGUACUUUUUUGGAACUUCAGACAAAGAAUAAACAAAUGAAAUUCA